AUGUUUUUAUUUGGUUUAACAUUCUCAAUAAAUCUUCUAUUUAUUUUCAUAAAUGCUGAAAAUCAUAUUGGUGUAAACAAUGUUCAACGAUCAGCAAUCAAUAUGGAUGUUGUUGAACAUGAACCAAACAACAAUGUUCAUUAUGAUCAAUCUGAGCAAAUAACACCUGAAAAAGUCUUAAUUAGAGUACCACGUCUUAAGACAGAAAAUGAAAAAUUGAAAAUAAAUAAACGUGAACGUCGUCAACUAUUGGAAGCUUUACAAACUGCUGGUUUCAUUAUUAGUGUAGCUAAAGCAAUGAAAAAAACAGAAAGUGGUGAAGAAAUUUUGGGAAUGGCAAAAAAGGUGGCCAUUAUAGUGUUAGUUUUUGUUUCAUUAUGUACGGUUUGUUGUUUUGUUACAAUAAUAAUUAUUUGUGUUAAAUGUUGUUGUGGUAAUAAUAAUCGAAAAAGAAAUGCAGCGUCAACUACUGUUCAAGUUCCACAACCUAUAAUUGUUCAUCAUACAGGUCCAUCUGGUUAUCAACCACAAUAUUAUCAACAACCAGCUCCUCAAUCAUGGAAUUCUGUUAUGGUUCGACCACCAGAAAGUCGUCCAAUGUUACCUCAACCAAGUGCACCACCACGACCAAAUAAUGAUUUUCAUACUGAAUAUGUACCACCGCCUCCCUAUGAAAAACUUUAUACAAGCAAUUAA